AUGACAAUGAUCAGUCUCACAUCUGCAACACUCACCACGUCCGAGGUCACCUGGGGCACUCCAGAAACUCCACAAGACUACUACAACUACUGCAACAGUGUCACGCUGGUCAAUGGAAUCAACGUCUGGGUCACUCAGAGAAACAAUGAAGACCCUCCCUGGGUGUUUGCAUCGGCUGCCGCAAACGACGACAACAUGUUCAGCUCCAUCAUCAAGAGUGCCGCCAUUGGCACCCAGGUGGCCGUCAUGGUAAUUGGCAACCUUCCCAACCCUCUUUCUGCCUUGAUGACCAGCACAUUCCAACAGAUUGGUGCAAGCAAGGUCUUCACCUUGGGCAACUGUCCCAACUACGUCUUGAUUGGAAACAAGGGGCACCCUCCACAAUACGCCGUGGAGGCAUUCGGAGAUGCCUCCAAGGGCGAGAAGGUCUUUUGUUCGGCCAAGAUUAUCCAUUACGACGAAUCACUGCGCACUGUCAGCAUCUCCCAGACCACUGGCACUGUUCCCCAUAUCAUCUUUGAUUCAUGGAUGGACUUUGUCCUCACCAACCAACCCGAUGGCAUCAACGUUUGGACAUUUAGCCCAGAUCUCAUCUUUGAUGAAGAGGACAUGGAGAAUCCCGUCAACUACAACACAAUCACUGCCGGCGGAUUGGGCUCUGUCCGCUUGGCCAGCUUCCUAGAGUCUGUCGACACCAACUCCUUUGUCAUUUUCUUCUCCAAAGGCAAUGCCAAGGCCAACCUCUCUGCAGAAUGCAUCAACCUGCUGUCCACCAACUUUGGCGCUCGCUAUAUUAGCCAAUACGCUUCUUCCACAAACCAGAACGACAAGUGGCACAUGAUCUCUCGCCGUGGCCAGAACAGGCCCUACAACGAGUACACCUCCAAGGCUGGACAGUCGUGCCAGGCUAUGCUCUAUUAUUGUUUGGAUACCUUCAAAUCAGUCGAUGAUCCUUCCAAGGUGAUCCCCAUCUCUGUCGGUGCAGCCAACCCAGCAAACUCGCCAGAUGGAAUCAGUGACACCUACUACAUGACCAUCAACGAUUAUAGUCAGAAUACCACCGCUAGAGGAUUCAUCAUGUGUGUGGUCAACGAGGUUGAUGGCAGAAUCCUCUCGCUUGCCAACUACGAUACCACCGACGCCACUGCUACGACACACAUGAUAGAGGACAUCAUUAACGUGGCUGUUGGAAACAUUGUCGUGGUGUGCUCAUCAGUGAUGACUGGCUUCAACAAUACCAACGGCCUGACAACGGCUCUUGCCUCUCUGGGUGCCGCAGAGAGCCUCUCCAUCACCUCUGGAAGCUCCUACGCGCUCAUUGGACUCAAAGGAUCAGCCAUGGGUGCUGUGCCAGAGAUGCUCUCAAAUACUGGACCAGUCUCACUCUCGAACUAUAUCAAGCCUAUUGUCAAACCCCUGCCUAAAGUGAUCCAAGAGGAGGACAUCGUUGGCAAUACCAACAAAGUACAUGAUCCAACGCCCUCUGAGCUUUCCGAAUUUGACCUCCACCGACAGGAGUUCCAGGACUUCACGGCAGUGAAGAGGAUGCAACUACACCCUAAAUGA